AUGGGUGCCGCGUUGUGCCGCCCCCGUUGUGAGGAAGCUGCCGGCUUCGUGCUGGAAGUACCUGCAUGUGCCUCUGCGUUUCGCCGAAUAAGUGUGCGUGAUGCUGACGUCCAGUCAACCGUACAUGAAUGUCGGUAUCCUCUUUGGGCCGUUAAAGUCUCGGACUUCCUGCAAAUGAGCGGUAAACCUCAAGCCCAUAGCGUUUUGCUGGAGAGGGGCUUGCUAUACAAGUGGUUCCCAGGCAUGUUCUUGAUUUUCGUCUCGCAUCAGUGGCUGAGCAAAGAACAUCCGGACCCGGAAGGACAGCAAAUGGAAGUUCUUCAGAAGGCAAUUCGAGGGGUCAUCGGUGGCUCACUGCAGGUGCACGAGGACAUAGCCUGCCGCACAGCAGACAACAGCAUCUCAGCAAGCAUACGCCAGCAGAUUGCCGCAGGCUAUAUCUUUCUCGACUGGUUCGCAAUCCCACAAAUUACAGUGCGAGAAGAAGGGGUGAACGAAGAGACGACGAAGACGGAUGCAGCUUUGGCGGUUCAAAGCAUUCCAGCCUAUGUUGAGCUCUCGAAUAUGUUUAUCGCGUUGGUCCCGGAGCUGACGCACAAAGACUCGAAGCUCUUGGCGAAUUAUUCAACGUGGCUUUCCCGAGGGUGGUGUCGCGCUGAACUGUGGUGUCGCUUAUUGUCAAACAAAACCGACACCACGGUCAUUGUCGUCUACUCAAACGUGCAGGCCGAGUUCAUGUAUCCAUUAGAUUGGCAGAGCAACAGCAUCCCAGACGAGUUUCAGCAGGAUUUGGGCUUAGGGUUGCAGGGCUUCGGAUGCAGGUAG